AUGGGUUGCGGCAUGAGCACCGAGGAAAAGGAGGGCAAGGCCCGGAACGAGGAGAUUGAGAACCAGUUGAAGAGAGACAAGAUGAUGCAGCGCAACGAGAUCAAGAUGCUGCUUCUCGGCGCUGGUGAAUCCGGCAAGUCGACCAUCCUGAAGCAGAUGAAGCUCAUCCACGAGGGUGGCUACUCCCGCGAUGAGCGCGAGUCCUUUAAGGAAAUCAUCUUCAGCAACACGGUGCAGUCGAUGCGUGUCAUCCUCGAGGCCAUGGAGUCGCUCGAGCUGCCCCUCGAGGACCAGCGCAUGGAGUACCACGUCCAGACCAUCUUCAUGCAGCCGGCCCAGAUUGAGGGCGAUGUUCUUCCCCCGGAAGUCGGCGGUGCCAUCGAGGCCCUGUGGAAGGACCGAGGCGUGCAGGAGUGCUUCAAGCGCUCGCGCGAAUACCAGCUCAACGACUCGGCUAGAUACUACUUUGACAACAUCGCGCGCAUCGCUGCCCCCGACUACAUGCCCAAUGACCAGGACGUUCUGCGCUCGCGAGUCAAGACGACGGGUAUCACUGAGACCACCUUUAUCAUUGGUGAUUUGACGUACCGGAUGUUCGACGUCGGUGGCCAGCGAUCCGAGCGAAAGAAGUGGAUUCACUGCUUUGAGAACGUCACCACCAUCCUGUUCCUCGUUGCCAUUUCCGAGUACGACCAGCUGCUGUUUGAGGACGAGACGGUCAACCGCAUGCAGGAGGCCCUGACGCUGUUCGACUCCAUCUGCAACUCGCGGUGGUUCAUCAAGACAUCCAUCAUUCUCUUCCUGAACAAGAUCGAUCGGUUCAAGGAGAAGCUGCCCGUCAGCCCGAUGAAGAACUACUUCCCCGACUACGAGGGCGGCGACGACUAUGCGGCGGCCUGCGACUACAUCCUCAACCGCUUCGUCAGCCUCAACCAGCACGAGACCAAGCAAAUCUACACUCACUUCACCUGCGCCACCGACACCACGCAGAUCCGAUUCGUCAUGGCUGCCGUUAACGACAUUAUCAUCCAGGAGAACCUCCGGCUGUGCGGCCUGAUCUAA